CGAGCGACUACAGACAGAGGACGAGAGAGAAGUGGAAAACGUCACACCAAAAUUUUGUUUAUGCUUCGGGAUGAAUGGCAGGCAGCUGAAACAGAGGGUGAUUGAAGAAUACACGACCUCUUGCGUAAGCGACAGUGAUGGUCUCAGUUUGUAUGAACUCAAGGCAGCGCCAGUGCAUAAAGAUGAAGCCACCAAUAUUCAAGUGCUGGCGGUUGGCCCCGCGACUGACAAGGAGACCAUUGCGGUGUUGUUGCUUGGGGAAACGGGCGCCGGGAAGACUCGCCUUACCAACACCCUUAUAAACAUCGUCUUCGGAGUCCAGUUGGCCGAUGACUUCAGGUUUGCGGUGAAGGACCAGGUCGACGUCCCCAGCAGGAGCCAAAUCCACAGCCAGACUGACUACAUAACAGCCUAUUUGAUUAAUCAUAUGGACGGAAUGAUGAUCGACUGUAGCAUCAUGAUCAUAGACACUCCAGGGUUUUAUGACACGAGAGGUGUGGAGUGCGAAAAUCGUGCGAGUGAACGUUUGUCUUCUUUCUUGUUGAAUGAUUUUGGAAUUGAAUACCUACACUGUGUUGGGCUAGUCGCUAAAGCAAACCAAAAUAGAAUCUCAAAGUAUCAGGUCGAUGUUCUGAAUGAAUUUUCUUCCGUUUUAUCUUACGAUGCCACGCCGGUAACGAAACUUUUGGCCACUUUCGCUAGUGACGAUAAUCAUGUGCACGAAGUCGUCAGAGCUGCUGGGAUCUCUUUCAGCAGUGUGUACGAAUUCGAUAAUUGGCCCUUGUAUAAAAGAAAUCCCAAUGACAGCUGCAGGACCAGCGCGAUUCUUGAAUUCAGAUGGGAGAACAUGGAGAAAGAAUGCGUUAGAUUUCUGAAAGAGCUGAGUGUUGUUCCACCAAUGAAUCUUAAAAAUACACGGGAUCUGCACGAGGAGAAAAAGCUACUCUCUGAGGCAAAGGAUCAGUUGAUGACCGAAACGAGACUUACGGGCGAGAUAGUUCGAACGCUUCCCAAACUGAAAUUGGAAUUGAAAAAUUACACGGAGAAAGCGAAGCAUACGAACUGGAAAUGCAGUGAGAAAACCGUUACUGUAGAGAGAUACGACGUGGCAGAGGGCUACCACGCACACAAUUGCAAAGUCUGCAAGAAAACGUGUGUGCCUUCUUGUCAGGAUCCGUCAAACGUCGUCGCAGGUGUAGUGGGGACAACAUCGGGCGUUGGGACUGCCUUUGCCACUGGGUUAGGUUCAGCCAUGUGCGCUGGCGGGGUUAUUGGCUCCGAGGUCGGGCUUCUGGGCGGGCCGAUUGGAGUUGGCGUCGGUUCGUGCAUCGGCUUAGUAAGCGGCCUUGCAGUUGGGAUUUCUGCUGGAAUCAAGUCGAGGAAAACUAAGGCAGAAUGUCCCCUGGUUCGCUGUGACUCUAUUUGUGAAGAAGAUGGAUGUCCACACAAAUUGUCAGACCACCAAGUAGAACACUUCGCGAUUGCAGAGUCUGAAGACCUUAUUGAAAAAGUUAAUGCUCCAUUGAAGCUUAAGUAUGGCAGUCUGAUGGAUAUGAUUAAGAAGACACAGGGUGUAAUCAAGGAAAGGGAAGAAACCAUGCAAGUAUACAAGGAAAGCUUGACAAUGCUGGCAGUCAGAAUAGUUAAACAUACAAGGAGAAUAAGCGAACUGAGCAUGAAUUCGGAAUAUGUCACUCCUGAGAAAAUCAUUGACGAAAUGAUAAAGGACGUGGAAGACGAAGAACAAAUUAAGGUGUUGAGGAUGUGCCUCAGUGCCAUGAAGCUCCUGGAGAAUCCGUCAGCCGACAGUGCCAUGUCUCAGGAGGCUGACAAGAGAACCCUAUACUCUUAAGGCCUACAAAAGGUGACCAUAGUGUCAUGAAAAUUAGUAGUAUACUGUGAUAAACACCCUUGUUAUUCUAAGCAACAUUUAGAAACGUUACUUUCAAGCACUCAGGCGUUUUCAAUGUACAUGUAUUUUUUUUUCUUCUAAAAUUGUAUUUAGACUUUUCUAACAAUACAGAUUACUUCUGUAUUUUUUUUUUUUUUACAAUACUUGUUUGGUGUUACCUUUAAAUAAAGAGGACAGACCUAUAAUAACUUAUAAAUAGUUAUAUUUCUA